AUGAAUUUAAGUCAAACGGGUAAAUCUAUUAUAUAUAAUCAUAUGUCGAUACGUCUGAUGAAGAACAAAAAUUUAACAAUUGAUUCAGAAGAAUUAUUAACAAUAUUAAAUAAUUUUCAUAAUGAUCGAAUUAUAAAUGAAAAUUCUCUUAAUAAACAUCAAGUUCAAUAUGAAAUGUUAUGUUUAAGAACAGGUUGUGAAGCCUACAGAGGAACAGCUAAACAUUUACCACAACUUUAUAUAUUACUAAGAGAUUCUAAUAUUGAGUUAAAAAUUCCAAUAAAAUGGUUUAUGCAAAUUUCUCAAGCAAAAGAAAAUUAUCUUCGUUGUUUUGAAUCAAUUUAUUCUUAUUUUUCAUCAACUAUGUCAAAUGGUUAUCUUAAAUGGUUUCUUAUUAUAUUUGCAUUUAUUAUUAAUAAACUAAAUUCAAUUAAUCAAAAAAUAAUUCCAAAUAUUCUUGAACAAAAAGGAUGA